GCGCAUGUCAGGUUCGCUGCAGAGAUCCCACUGCCUCGGCUCUCACGAUUAAUCGUAGGGAUGGUGUUGACAGCGAGAGGCGACGGGCGGCCAGUUUUCCCCGUUUAAAUAGAUGACAGGGCCAGGUGAGAUUACACUCACACGGUUCAUCAUCGCACACUAAUAUCUCGGAACCCGACCCGUUUUGUGGAUGAAGACGACACUGCCGGGCCGAGGACAACGAUAACGUUACUGAUGGAAUUCCCAGUCGUUGCUAGAUGGAGAAACCGAAAGGGUGGACUCGUUAUUAAUAAUUAAAAAAUCCCCUCUGCUGCUAAAAUAGAAGGAAAAUGCAUCUGCACCAGGUGCUGACGGGAGCUGUGAACCCUGGAGAUUGCUGCUAUUCGGUGGGAAGCGUGAAUGACAUACCUUUCACGGCCUAUGGCUCAGGUUGUGAUGUAGUGAUCCUGGCCAGUGACUUUGACUGUGUGCAGAUUAUCCCCGGCGCUCAGAAUGGAAACAUACAGGUGGGCUGUGUGGAGUGCUCCCACCAGCUUGGCAGGAUCGCUGCAUCCUACGGAAACACAGUCUGCAUCUUUGAACCUCUUUCUACCAACCCAAACAAACGCCACAAGCAGCUUAACUAUCAGUGGCAAAAGACAGGACAGUUCUUCCUUGAUGCCAUCACCUACAACCUGGCCUGGGACCCACAAGGGAACCGCAUCCUAGCAGCGACUGAGCGGCUCCAGCUGUGGGCUCCACCACUGACAGAUGCCCUGAUAGAGGAGGAGGAUGGACAGAUAACUGACGACAAGCCCCACCCUGUCCUCAAUGACUGGAACUGUGUCUGGCAGUGCAAGACUGCAGCAUCUGUUCAUGUUGCCAAGUGGUCUCCUGAUGGGGAGUACUUUGCAACAGUUGGGAAGGAUGACUGUUUGCUUAAAGUGUGGUAUCCCACCACGGGCUGGCGCUCUGCAGUGGUGGUCCAGGACCUCUCCGACAAAAGGCCUCCUCCUGUUCACUUCUCCUUUGUUUACUUGGCCCAUCCUCGCUCGGUCACUGGUAUGUCCUGGAGGAAGACCAGCAAGUUCAUGCCCAAGGGCUCGGUAUGUAAUGUGCUGCUGACAUCCUGCGAGGAUGGUGUGUGUAGGUUGUGGUCAGAGACCCUGCUGCCAGAAGACAGCCUGCUCGGAGGACAGAUCUCUGAGAACACACACUCCUUCAGCUCUAGUCUGCCAGGCCUGGCAGGCAACAAGGACAAGAUCCAGCAUGCUUUGGAGUCAAUCCACCACCUGAAGCAUCUACGCCGGGGUCGCCGACGAUCCUCUGCUCUGGUGGCACACAGUGAGCUGCUGCCCUCUCAGCUUGGCACACAGGACGCUCACACUCACCGCCACAUCGCUCAUCAUGCCAACGCCCUGUGUCACUUCCAUAUUUCAGCCAGUAUUAACCCCAACACAGACAUCCCAGCAGCACUGGCUGACUCUGCAGUGUUCAACCCAGAUGAUGGCACUGGUGGUGGAGGCUUUGUUGUUCACUGGCUUAACAAUAAGGACCUCAGCUUCACCUCCUCUAUGGACCUCUUUAUGUUGCAGCUCCGUAAGUUCUCUGAACAGCAGCUGGAGCAGACUACUGAGGACCCCCUGGACCCCGAAGGAUCCCCUAUGAAGUUUGACUUUGACCUAGACGAGAUGUCUGACAAAGCCUCCUCAGAGCAAGGUGAGGAGGGGGAGCCAGGGGAGCAGGGAAGCACCAAGGCUUCCUCCCCGGGAUCCAGCUCCAGCAUGCCUUUGCCCUCCAUGCUGCUCGAGCGGAAGAUGGAGACUCUGACCACAGAGUGGAACAAGAGCCCAGACAUGCUGUUCACAAUCCACCCCGCCGAUGGAUCUUUCCUGGUGUGGCAUGUGAAGUACUUGGACGAAUUCAACCAGGGCAUCUUCAGACAGGUUCAGGUGUCCUUCUCCUCCCGCAUUCCAGUGGCAUUUCCUACAGGUGAUGCCAACUCACUGAGUAAAAACAUCCUGAUGUACUCCUUCACUUUGACUGAGAGUGAGAGUGCUGGAGCAGGGGAGCAGGGGAGGAUGGUUCAGCGUGUCUCCCACUCUGCUUCAGCCUCGCUUGGCCUGGGUUCACCCGCCCUGGCCUCCUCUCCCAACCUACGUCCUGGCAUCAGCCCUGCGGUCAUGAUGGUCUCCAAGCAUGUCGAUGGAUCUCUUAACCAGUGGGCUGUGACAUUUGCUGAGCGUUCUGCCUUCUCCAAUGUAUUGACCGUCUCUCACAAGUUCCGGUACUGUGGCCACCGCUUCCAUCUCAAUGACCAAGCCUGCCACACUGUGCUGCCUCUGCUGCUGACCUCCUCUCAUCAUAACGCACUACUCACCCCGCCCUCGGCUCCUGGCAGCCUGGAAGGAGAGCAGCCUCCUACCUUUCCCCUACCAAAGGGACUCCCCAGCAGGAAGCAGCUUCGUAAUGCAGCAACAAGGACCUUUCAUGACCCCAACGCCAUCUAUAGUGAACUGAUCUUGUGGAGGGUGGACCACAUUGGACCCCUGUCUUGGACCGGAGGGGUCUCUGAACUGGCCCGUAUCAACUCUCUGCACACCUCUGCCUUCAGCAAUGUUGCCUGGCUACCUACCCUCAUACCCAGCUCUGUACUCGGGACUUACUGUAACAGUGCCAGCGCCUGCUUCGUGGCAUCAGAUGGUAAAAACCUGCGCCUCUAUCAAGCUGUGGUGGAUGCCAGAAAACUCCUGGAUGAGCUGUCAGAUCCUGAAACGUCUAAACUGGUUGGCGAGGUGUUUAACAUCGUCAGCCAGCAGUCCACUGCCAGACCCGGAUGUAUCAUAGAGUUGGACGUCAUAACAAACCAGUGUGGCGCCAACACCCAGCUGCUGCAUGUCUUCCAAGAGGACUUCAUUCUUGGUUACAAGCCUCAAAAAGAGCAAGAAGCUUUCACACCAGCUUUCCCAUCUGGUGAAGAUUAUCAACCCGCCCCAUUCUCUGAGAAGUUCUUCCUGGUGGUGAUAGAAAAGGAUCUCAACAGGAACUCUGUGCUGCAGAUGUGGCACCUGCACCUGAAGUCAGUGCAGGCUUGUGUUGAUGAGCCGAGCCCAGACUACGGCUUCCAAAGCCAGCUCAUGGUUCCCAGUCAAGCUAUGAAUGCCGACUCAUCCCCGGAGACCUCUCCUAUCAGACCCCUCCCACGGUCAGCCUCGACAGCCAAUUUACAGUCAGCAAGCAAACUCAUCCUCAGCUCCAAGCUGGUGUACAGCAAGAGGCUCGACCUGCCUCACGGGGUCGAGGUUACCAGGGCCACCCCCUCUGCAGGUCAUCUGAGUUCCUCCUCUAUCUACCCUGUGUGCCUGGCUCCCUACCUGAUUGUUACCACCUGCUCUGACUCUCGUGUGCGCUUCUGGCACUGUGCGGUGGAGUGUGAUGACGGGUAUAGCGAAGACAACCAGGAGAACCGGGUGUACCGCUGGGAGCCUUGGGCCCUGAUGAACGAGGAGGAAGACAACAACAGUGCUGUGGCUGUGUCCGGACGGCCUGUAGCCGUGUCCUGCUCCUACACCGGCAGGCUGGCUGUGGCCUUCAAAAAGCCACGACAAGGACAGCUACAGGGUUCCGGAGAGGACUUCUCCAUGCACGUUUCCAUCUAUGAGUGUGAGUCCACUGGCGGCUCAGAGUGGGUUUUAGAGCAAACUCUCCACCUGGACGAUUUCACCAGACCCUCGUCGACCCUGGAUCCAAGAGUCAGUGUGGACUCCAACCUCUUUGUGUACAGCAGAUCUGACCUUUACAUGACCAGAGACCACAGCUCCCCCAACAUCAAGCACUAUGUCCACCUGGACUGGCUCUCAAAGGAAGACGGAUCUCACAUCCUCACCGUGGGAGUUGGAUCCAACAUUCUCAUGUAUGGUCGGAUCUCUGGGAUGGUGAACGAGCAGACCAGCAGCAAGGAGGGGGUGGCUGUUAUCACCCUUCCUCUAGGGGGCAGUAUCAAGCAGGGGAUUCGCUCACGCUGGAUCCUCCUUCGGUCCGUGGACCUCCUGUCCUCCGUGGAUGGAACACCGUCUCUGCCAGUCUCCCUGUCCUGGGUGAGGGAUGGCAUCCUGGUGGUGGGCAUGGACUGUGAGAUGCACGUGUACGCCCAAUGGCACCAGGACAAGAAGCCCGGUGAGGGAGAUGAGGGCAACCUCUCAUCUGCAGAUAUCGCUGGAGGUCAAACUGCAGGUUCCUCCUCGGUCUUUGAAGGUAGAACCAGGUCUAAGAGUGUGUUUGAAGGGAGUGCCGUGGUGGACGAGGCCCUUCGUGCUCCAGCGGGACUUCAGGAAGGAGGACUAUUUGAGGCAGCUCACUCCCUGUCCCCAACUCUGCCCCAGUACCAUCCCACACAGCUGCUGGAGCUCAUGGACCUGGGCAAGGUUCGCCGUGCCAAGGCCAUCCUCGCUCACCUGGUGAAGUGUAUCGCCGGCGAAGUUGCAGUGGUGAGGGAUGUGGAGGCGGGUGAAGGCGGAGCCAGGAGACAUCUGUCCCGGACCAUCAGUGUGACUGGCAGCACGGCAAAAGACACUAUUGUGGCUGGCCGCGAUGGAGGCAGGGACUACACAGAGAUCAACUCCAUCCCUCCAUUGCCCCUCUACUCCCUCAUUUUGGCUGACCUGGAUACCUCGUACAAGGGAGGGGAGGAGGGUGUGAAGGGGACGAAGAGGGCAGAUGGUGAGGGAGCCCACAAGUCCACAGAGGACCAGUACUCUGACCUCUUCCAGGUACAAACAGUUACCACAGAUGACUUCAUGAACUUUGCCACCGACAAACCAGAGAAGAAGUCUCGAGUUAUCAACCUCUCUCAAUAUGGACCUACCUACUUUGGACCAGAGCAUGCUCAGGUAUUAUCUAGUCACCUCAUGCACUCCAGCCUCCCAGGACUGACCAGACUGGAGCAGAUGUUCUUGGUAGCCUUGGCUGAUACUGUUGCAACCACCAGUGCUGAGGUCACCAGCUCCACUGAUCAGCAGUACACAGGUGCUGAGGCUCUUGAUGAGUGUGGACUGAGGUACCUGCUGGCCAUGCGUCUUCACACCUGCCUGCUCACCUCUCUGCCCCCACUCUACCGCAUGCAGCUGCUCCACCAGGGCUUAUCAACAUGCCACUUUGCAUGGGCCUUCCACUCGGAGGCGGAAGAGGAGCUGUUGAAUAUGAUUCCAGCCAUGCAGAGAGGCGACCCACAGUGGUCUGAGCUCAGAGCUGUUGGAGUGGGUUGGUGGAUACGCAACAUCAACACUCUGCGGAAAAUGGUGGAGAAGAUAGGUAAAGCUGCAUUCCAGAGGCACAAUGACCCUUUAGAUGCUGCUCUGUUCUACUUGGCCAUGAAGAAGAAAGCUGUCCUGUGGGGACUCUUCAGGUCUCAGCAUGAUGAGAAGAUGACUCAGUUCUUCAAAAACAAUUUCACUGAGGACCGCUGGCGAAAGGCAGCUCUGAAAAAUGCUUUCUCCCUGCUGGGGAAGCAGCGCUUUGAACAAUCCGCUGCCUUCUUCCUACUGGCUGGAUCACUCAAAGACGCCAUAGAGGUGUUGUUGGAGAAGAUGGAGGAUCUCCAGUUAGCCAUGAUAGUAGCAAGACUGUAUGAGGCUGACUUUGAGAACUCAUCCACCUGCCAAGGCCUCCUUUAUGAGAAGGUCCUGGGCUGUAACAGGGAUGGAAGUGGUUACCACUGUUCCAGACUGCACCCUGACCCGUUCCUGCGCAGCAUAGCCUACUGGAUCAUGAAGGACUACACCCGAGCACUCGACACACUGUUGGAGCGGAUCCCCAAAGAGGAUGAUGAGAACCCUGGUCAGCUGGUUUCAACAUUUCAGUCAGCAAAUCCUCUGAAAUCUGUUUGCUCUGCUUAUUAUGUUUGUUUUUCUUUUUUUGUCUUCAUCCCUCUGUUAGAUGUGAUGGUAAAAUCUUGCAACCCGGUGGUGUUUAGUUUCUACAACUACCUGCGGACGCACCCUUUGAUCAUUCGUCGCCACUUUGCAAAACCAGAGGGCACAGCGACAAAUGUGGGCCUCACAGCUGAGAAGAGCAACGCAGAUGAGAUCAACCUUAUAGAGCGCAAACUGUUCUUCACCACUGCCAAUGCACACUUCAAGGUGGGCUGUCCUGUUCUGGCUCUCGAAGUUCUCUCCAAGAUUCCCAAAGUUACCAAAAAAUCUGGCUCCUCACCUCUUAGCAAAGCCUCCUCUAAGGCCAAUUUGAAUUCGAGCCAACCUCUGGAAAAUGGCACCCAGGGAGGUUUGGACUGGGGCUCCACAGCAGCUCCUGCCUGGGGAGGGAAUGACAGUGCGGGUGGGUUGGAUUGGAGCCAGCCCCUUGUCAAGGUGGAGGAUGAGGGGCUGAAGCUGGACUGGGGAGAAGACAAGGACAAUGAUGAAGAUGAGGAUGACGAUGGUGGUCUGACCAUGAAGAAACCAGAAACUGAGACCAAAGCAGAUGGAGGCUCAGAGGGUGGUGGAGCCAAACUACAGAGAGAGAACUCACAGGGUGAGUCGGAGGUGGACGUGAUAGCAGAGCAGCUGAAGUUCCGUGCCUGUCUGAAGAUCCUGAUGACAGAGCUGCGUACGCUGGCCACAGGCUUCGAGGUGGAUGGAGGGAAGCUCCGCUUUCAGCUCUACAGUUGGCUGGAGAAAGAGAUUGCAGCCAUGCAUACAAUCUGCAACUACAAGGUGGAGGGGAAGGAGGAGGAGUCAGAGGUGGAGCGUUGGGGAGAGCGCACAGCAUCAGUAGACAUAUCAGAUGAAGCCCUGGAGCGUAUCGAGGCCGGCGCCUACGAACGCCACCAGAUGGAGCGACGUCGUCUUCAGGCCAAGCAGCAGCACUCUGAGAGGCGCAAGGCGUGGCUGAGGAAGAACCAGGCCCUGCUGAGGGUGUUUCUGUCCUACUGCAGCCUGCACGGAGCCAAGGGCGGAGGAGUGACGUCUGUGCGCAUGGAGCUUCUGUUCCUUCUGCAGGAGAGCCAGCAGGAACUCACAGUGAAGCAGCUGCAGUCUCCUCUGCCUCUGCCCACAACUCUGCCUCUGCUGUCUGCUUGCAUCGCCCCCACCAAGACGGUCAUAGCUAAUCCAGUCCUCCACCUCAGCAACCACAUUCACGACAUCCUUCACACCAUCACCCUCAUGGAGUCUCCUCCGCAUCCUGACUUCAUGGAUGAUCGGGUGAAUGCUCUGCACACACUUGCAGCUUCUCUGUCUGCUUGCAUCUAUCAAGCACUGUGUGACAGCCACAGCUACAGCAGCCAGGCGGAAGCCAACCAGUUUACAGGGAUGGUGUACCAGGGCCUAUUGCUCAGUGAGAGGAAACGACUCCGCACAGAAAGCAUUGAAGAGCACAUAACUCCCAACUCUGCUCCUGCACAGUGGCCAGGUGUGUCCUCCCUGAUUUCUCUGUUGACGUCUGCGAGAGAGGAGGACCAGCCGAGGCUCAACGUGCUCCUGUGUGAAGCAGUCGUGGCUGUUUAUCUUGCGCUGCUCAUCCACGGCCUCGGCACGCACAGCAGCAAUGAACUCUUCCGUCUGGCAGCACAUCCCCUCAACAACCGCGUGUGGGCCGCCGUCUUUGGGGGAGGCGCCAAAGUCAUUAUUAAGCCAAAGAGGCCUGAGGCACCACCAGUGGCUCCCCCUCAGCCCCCAGCGGAGGAUGUGGAUCGAUACAGACGUAGGUUCAACAUGAGGAUGCUGGUUCCUGGGCGCCCUGUGAAGGAGACGCCAGCUGCCCCGCCUCCCGUGCCCACAGAGAGACCCGCAUACAGGGAAAAGUUCAUUCCCCCCGAGCUGAGCAUGUGGGACUACUUUGUAGCCAAACCGUUCCUGCCGCUGUCGGACAGCAAUGCUCUUUGUGACUCAGACGAGAGCGGUGCAGAGGAUGAUGAAGACGAUGACGACGCCUUCCUUUCUGACACACAGAUAACGGAGCACUCUGACCCCAACUCCUACAGCUGGGCUCUGAUCCGCCUGGUCAUGGUGAAACUGGCUCAUCACAACGUCAAGAACUUCCUCCCCCUCACUGGCCUCGACUUUACAGACCUGCCAGUCACUUCCCCUCUCUGCAACGCUGUGUUGAAGACUUUAGAGAACUGGGAGCAGCUUCUGCUGGAGCGAAUGAACAAGUUUGACGGCCCUCCUCCCAACUACAUCAACACUUACCCCACUGACCUCAGCGCAGGAGGUGGCCCAGCCAUACUCCGACACAAGGCCAUGCUGGAGCCAGAUAACACACCCUUCAAGACAAAGAACCACCUUUCCUUCCCAGCUCGACGUCUUUGGCAUUUCCUGGUCAAACAGGAAGUUCUUCAGGAGACUUUGAUCCGUUACAUCUUCACUAAGAAAAGGAAGCAGAGUGAGUCUGUAGAGAACCAUACGGACCAUAUAAGCCCAAACUGCAUAGCAGGAGCUAGCAGUCCCUAUAAGGUGGAGGCAGAUUUGGGCUACCCAGGAGGCAAAGCUAAAAUCAUUCACAAGGAGUCUGAUAUAAUCAUGGCAUUUGCCAUUAACAGGGCCAACUCCAACGAGAUCGUGUUGGCCUCCACUCAUGACGUCCAGGAGGUGGACGUGUCGAGUCUGGUGUCGGUCCAGCCCUACACCUGGAUCGGGGAUGACUUUGAUAAAGAGUCCCGCAGCUCUGACGACAUCGAUCAUCGCUCCUCUCAUACCAACAUCGCCCAGGCCAGCUCUGUCCCCUUCGCGCCACCACAGAUGCCGGUCUCUGCAUCCAUGCCGUGGCUCGGCAGCGGCCAGACCAGCAUGGGAGCCAGUGUGAUUAUGAAGAGAAAUCUGAAUAACGUGAAGAGAAUGACGUCUCAUCCCAUCUAUCAGUAUUACAUGACGGGAGCUCAGGACGGCAGUGUGAGAAUGUUUGAAUGGAACAGACCUCAGCAGCUCAUUUGCUUCAGACAAGCAGGCAACGCAAGAGUCACCCGGCUCUAUUUCAACUCCCAGGGCAAUAAGUGUGGGGUUGCUGACGGAGAAGGCUUCCUCAGUCUCUGGCAGGUCAACCAGACUUCCUCCAACCCCAAACCCUACCUGAGCUGGCAGUGUCACACUAAGACUUGUGGUGAUUUCGCCUUCAUCACGUCCUCCAGCCUCAUCGCCACCGCCGGACAGUCCAAUGAUAACAGAAAUGUUUGCCUUUGGGAUACUCUGAUUUCACCUAGCAAUACCAUGGUCCAUGCGUUCCCCUGCCAUGAGAACGGGGCCACUGUGCUGCAGUACGCUCCCAAACAGCAGCUGCUGAUCACCGGAGGCAGAAAAGGCUUUGUGUGCGUGUUCGACAUCCGCCAGAGGCAGCUGCUCCACACUUUCCAGGCCCAUGACUCAGCCAUCAAGGCCCUCGCACUGGAUGCCUUCGAGGACUUCUUCGUCACCGGCUCUGCAGAGGGCAACAUGAAGGUGUGGAAGUUAGCUGGCCACGGCCUCAUGCACUCUUUUAGCACCGAACACGCCAAGCAGUCCAUCUUCCGCAACAUCGGUGCCGGCGUCAUGCAGGUGGAGACGCGUCCCGGCAACCGCAUCUUCACCUGCGGAGCAGACGGCACCCUGAAGAUGAGGGUCCUCCCCGACCGCUACAACAUCCCCAGCAGCUUGGUCGACAUCCUGUAACACCUACUUCCACUUCUGAGGGUCCAAAGAGGAAAGAGACAGAAAGAAAAAAACACAUACAACUUGUAACACUCGCUAGGCAUUAAUAGUGUAAGUGAAGGGGAGGAGUUAGUCAAAAGAUCACCAUGCUUUUGGCCUCUUUCACUGUGUGCAGUGUUCAUGGGUUUACACUUCAUGUAAAUCGUAUCCAGAAUGAGAAAUGGAGCUGCAAAUAUUUUUUUUCCCCAAAGGCUGAAAGCAAAAGUUACAAGCAAAAGGUAUCAUACUUGAUUUUAAAGCUAGAUUUAUUGUAAUUUUAUUGAAGAAUCUCUACUCUUAGAGUGUGUCCAUAGGGAAGCUAUGCAUGUCCUGUUCUCGUUACGCGGUGCAAUCACAGGUCUAUUGAUAGUGCUCUGUAAAAGUGCUCAAGCAAAAAUUUUAAAAGUGUGUAACUGUCGUCAUUUUGUGCCCACAGCUGAAAAUCUCUUAGCAUCUACUGUAACCAGCACUGUGGUUUGUUAUUAAGUCAGUGGUUUCCAGUGUGAAUCAAGUUGUUGGAAUCUGCAUUUUGUUUCAAUGGUUUUGCCCCCCUGCCUUUUUGCCCGGCUUUUCUCGGCCCUUAUGGAAGAGUUGAUGGUGCAUUGCUCCUGUAGUGACCCCAAUCCCCCCCACACACACUUCCUGUUUCACUGGCUGCCCACCACUCACUCCGGCCUCUCCCAGUUUGGGCCCGGCCCGGUUCGGCCCGGUUUGGCCCGAGAGUGUUUGUCCCACUCUGCUGUGUCUGCCAUCUGUACGCCUGCCCGCCCACCUGCCCUCAAAUGCCUGUUUGUGUGGCAGACUCACUGCUAGAACAUUCCUGUUUGGAAGAUGAUGUGUUUUAUUCCUGUGACUGUGAUUUCAAUGUUUCCACUUGUCUGGUUCAAACCCGAGCGCCCACCAACCCAGAGCAGAAACACAAAGGUUCACUUCUGGUUUUGCACAAUAUAGUCUUGAAUUUGUCUUUUUUUUUAAUUUUAUUAUUUAAAUUAUUUAUAUGUUUGUGUUUGUUUUGGUUGUCCAUUCCUUUUUAAAACUAUUUAACUUAUUGCCUUUUAUUUUAGGAAUGUAAGGGGUUCUACUGUAUCUGACUGGGAGAUGUGCAACACAGUCUACUGUAUGUAAGUGUGCGUUACCUCGCUAGUUGUUUUUACCGUUUCAUCCAUAAGGAAUAGAUAUUUGCACUCAAAUUCUGGAGACACUAAAAGUUUAUUUCAAAUAAAUAGGUUAUUGAAGAAGAAACUGUUAUAUACAAAUGAAUGUCUGGCUUUAUUUGGCCUAGUAGUAAAACGUUUGAAAUAGUUUUAAUAUAUAAAUUAUAUAAAUAUAAAUAUAUAUAUAUGAAAUACCACAACAGCUUGUACAAACAUUAAAGCAUUUCUUUAUUUUUGGUUUGUAUCAUACCAGCUGGAUUAGUUGUAACUUUUGUUAAGUGUAUGUAUGGUAUUUAUUAAAGAGAUUUGUGUUUCUCUCCCUCUUUCUGCCCACUAUGUGUACUGUAUGUAUCUUAAGUGUUUUACCGAUGGUCCUACUGGUGUCUGGUGUGUAUGUGCGUGUGCAUGUAAUAAUGCAAAAGAAGCCAAUAUCAUGGGUAGACGCUUACUAGGGCACUUGAGCCUGGAGGUGUGUGAGAGAACAGGUCAUGGUCAGAGUUUUACCUUUGUAAAGUGAAUAAAUUCUUUUUAUUUCA